AUGGCAGAUGUGCGGUCGUGUGGAGUGACUCUUUACGUUAUGUUGGUUGGUGCAUACCCAUUCGAGGACCAAGAGGAUCCUAAGAAUUUUAGGAAAACUAUUAAUACCUUUCAUCCAUUUAUAAUCGUUGAUAAUGACAUUGUUUUCGGUUUCCUCUUUCUUCCAUGGGCACUCACCGUUUCAACUCCUGUUUUGACAGAGGAUCACCAUGAAAGAUAUCAAGAGCCAUCCAUGGUUUUUGAAGAACUUGCCCACGGAACUGACGGAGUCGAAGAGGCCAAAGUUGCUCCUUGGGCAUUGCGGUCUAUUGGAGGGUUUGGCUGGGGCGGAGAAGAAGGCGGGGAUACAAGGGAAGAAGAUGCAGACGAAGAAGAUGAGUAUGAGAAGACAGUAAAAGAGGUACAUGCCAGUGGAGAAGUUCAUGUCUCAUAA